AUGGAAGGCUCAACUCGUGGUGAAUACUUCACCAAUCGUUCAAGCCAAAAUUUUAAAAAGAUGGGUAUGUGGCCUGAAGAUGUAGGAAUCCUAGAAUUACAAUUAGUGGUGCCAGGGACAUAUGUGGAUCAAACUGAAUUGGAAAAAUUCCAUGGUGUGUCUGCUGGAAAGUAUACCAUCGGUCUUGGUCAAGAUAAAAUGGGAUUUUGUAGUGACAGAGAAGAUAUAAAUUCAUUAUGUUUAACUGCAUUAAGCCAGUUAGUAGAAAAAUCGGGUAUAUCAUACUCAGAUAUUGGCCGUCUUGAAGUUGGAACUGAAACUAUUCUUGACAAAAGUAAAUCUGUUAAAAGUGUCCUCAUGCAGUUAUUUGAAGAAUCGGGAAACCAUGAUGUAGAAGGUUUAGAUACUACAAAUGCUUGCUAUGGUGGGACCAGUGCUCUGAUGAAUGCUCUGUCCUGGGUUGAAUCAAGUGCCUGGGAUGGAAGGCUAGCAGUGGUUAUAGCAGGUGACAUUGCCAUUUAUGCUGAGGGUGCCGCUCGCCCAACAGGUGGUGCUGGUGCUGUAGCGAUGCUGAUCGGCCCUAAUGCUCCUUUGGUUAUUGAGAGAGGGCUCCGAUCUACAUAUAUGGCCCAUGCCUAUGAUUUUUAUAAACCUAAUCUGGAUUCUGAAUAUCCAGUAGUUGAUGGGAAACUAUCUAUAGAAUGCUACCUCAAAGCUCUUGACAAAUGCUAUCAAAGCUAUUGCCAAAAGGCACGAAAGCUUUCCGGCUUAACAGGAGAAUCAAACGAUGCUGUUGGUAUUAAUAGUUUUGAUGGAAUAGUUUUUCAUUCCCCUUUUUGUAAGCUAGUAGAAAAAUCUUUUGCCAGGCUUGUGCUUAAUGAUUUUCUAAGUACACCACAGGAACUUAUUCCACAGUUAUAUCCAGGACUCGAUUUAUUUAAGGGUGUUAAACUUGAGGAUACAUAUUUCAACAGAGAAGUUGAAAAAGGUUUUAUGGCUUUCAGUAAAGAGUUAUUUAAUAGAAAAACUAAACCAUCAUUACUUCUUUCGAAUCAGGUCGGUAAUAUGUAUACAGCUUCCCUUUAUGGUGGUUUAGUUUCCUAUUUGUGUAGUAAACCAAUCCAAGAGCUCGUUGGACAGCGUGUAGGUCUUUUUUCUUAUGGUUCCGGAUUAGCUUCAUCGAUGUAUUCUAUCAAAAUAAUUGAAGGUCCAAAGUUGACCAAACUACUCUCAAAUCUCAAAUCUGUGAUCCCUCUUUUAAAUAGCAGAAAAAAAAUUGAUCCCACUGAAUUUUCUAAGACUAUGGAAAUUAGGGAGGUAAAUCAUAGCAAAGCUCCUUAUAAGCCUGUCGGUUCUUUAUCCUGGCUUUUCCCUGGUACAUGGUACUUGAAUCAAGUAGACGAGAACCACAGGCGGACAUACCAAAAAAUUUGA